AAGAAUAUAAUCUAUAUGAUGAUUCUCGAAGUGGAGCACGCGGCGAAUACGAGCAAGCGAGCGAGAAGCAACGAGACUGAAAGAGAAGCAGAGAGAGAGAGAGAGAGAGAGAAAGAGGGGGGGAGACAGAGAGAAAGAGAGAGAGAAGAGAGUCAAGGAGCCUCCCGCGUAUUCUCCCCUUAUCUUUAUAGAUGCUGUGCAGAAAAUAAGGCUGACCAGCUUACAGAAGAACAAAUUGCAGAAUUCAAGGAAGCGUUUUCGCUGUUUGAUAAAGAUGGUGACGGUACCAUAACCACCAAAGAAUUAGGUACAGUCAUGCGGUCCCUUGGACAAAACCCCACAGAGGCCGAACUGCAAGAUAUGAUUAACGAAGUAGAUGCAGAUGGUAACGGCACAAUCGACUUUCCGGAGUUCUUGACCAUGAUGGCGCGUAAAAUGAAGGACACGGAUAGCGAGGAAGAGAUUAGGGAGGCAUUUAGAGUGUUUGAUAAGGAUGGAAACGGUUUCAUAUCUGCAGCGGAACUUAGACACGUCAUGACAAAUCUGGGCGAAAAACUAACUGAUGAGGAGGUAGACGAAAUGAUACGAGAGGCCGAUAUCGACGGCGACGGCCAAGUUAAUUAUGAAGAAUUUGUCACAAUGAUGACAUCAAAGUGAAUGCAACCUGUGUAACGGAAGAACUUGCGACUGGUGGUGUUGACGUAUUAAAUAAAUCAAGAAACAGAGAAAAAACAUAUGUAACAAAAAGAGAAUCAACCAGAAAGUGAUCUUGUAUCAGGAUACGAAGAUGUCUAUAAAAGCGCGAAGAGUCAACGUCCGAUACCGCGUUAAAAUCAUCGUUUAACGAUAAGUAAUACAGGGCAAUUAAUUGUUUAAUUAAAGAGUUAUACCACUAAAAAUCAUUAUCUCUCAAAAAAAAACACGAAUAUUUACGCAACACAGUAAUACCGAUACACAUACGAACACAAUACACUCGAAGAGUAUACACACGCAUUAACAUAUUCACUCGGAUGUCUUAUUUCCAUCGGAAAAAAAAACACAAAUUUGGAAGUGAGAUAACGCGAAGACACAAUUGCGCGCGCAUGUGCACCAACGACAAAAAAAAAGUGCAUUUUCCACUUUCCUCUCUUUCUCGACUGCCCCCCCUAUCCCCUCUUCUUGUCGCGUUCUUCGUUCACCACUCCCUUCUUCCUCUCGUCACCCGAUCUCCUUCGUCUCCCCGAAAAGUUUUUUCAUGAGGAAAGGCAUGUCGAAGAAUUGUAAUUUCUCUUUGCGAAGGGAGAGGAAAUGUGUGUGUUAGGGGACAAAGUAUAAAUCCGAUGUAAGAUAAUAUUAAAAGCAGCAAAGUUUUAUUUGCCAAUCGAGAGAGAGAUUCAUCGUGAAUUCCUUCGUUCAUUUUUUUAAUAAACGAGAUACGUGUAUAGUGAAUGAUGACAUUAGGGUAUGUAGCUGCUAAAUAGAUGAUGUCUCUACCAUUAAAAUGCAUGCACAUGUACAAAUGUUUGUUUGUCUCUGUGAGAGAGAAUUCGGCCUGGACCGAUCAUUUUCCAGACAAAGAGAGAGCGAGAGAGUAUAAAUACGAUGCGCUUCGGCCUCUGGGUUAUUGACGACUUCAAAUGCAACAGCUAUACUGGACCCCUCGAUGCCUCAAAUGAAUAACUUAAUUUAUAUAAGUAAUGAGCGAGAAAAUUUAUAAAAAAAGAAAUACGGAGCGAAAGAAGGAAAGAGAGAUGAGACGAGAUGAGACGAGAUGAGAUGAGAUGAGAUAGAGAUAAGAAAGAAUUGGAGGAGGAGCCUCGAGGAGCUCAGAUCUAGUGCUUUCGCGCGUGUCGCGUCUCGCGGAACGGAAUAGGAGAUCGGUCGCGCGGUUAACGUCACGGGAAUGCGAACGAGUCGCGACGCGAUCGUUGGAAAGCUCCAGGAUCCGAAGUCUCGACAUUCCUAUUUGAAAAAAAUAUCUCUUCCUUGCGCUUUCAACCGACAUCAUUCAAGCCUCUCGUGUCCGUACACACGGGACUCACACGUACACGUACGUUUUACGCGAGAAACUAUACACACGAAAGAUUUACACACAGCAAAAAAAAUAUAAGAGAAACACUAUAAUACUAUAUUCACGAAGUGCGUUUUGCCUCCAGUUCCAUUUUAAUCUCCUAUUUGUAAACUUGCCUUCCACUCGGGAAAGUCUUACAUACAUGCGCGCAAAAAAAAGAAAUCCAAAAAAAAAAAAGA